AUGUUGAGGGGCUUCUGUCUUUGGCUUCUCCCAUCUUUUCUCAAGAAAAAAAUGAGAUACCCAGCUAUUAGUUUCCUCAGGCCAAGUAGCAUUCGUUUCAUAGCAAGCUUUGUCAUCUUGUUCUUGGGCUGUUUAACCGCUAACAUCAGCCUCUGUCUUCCCAUCAUCCCUUCUUCAUUGGAAACACUUUCUGUUGACGGGCAUUUCAGUUUCCAUGGAAUUGAGCAUGCAGCCAGAGACUUUGGGAACCGGUACCAGUUCCUUCCUCAGGCAGUCUUGCAUCCAAAGUCAGUUUCUGAUAUUGCCAUGACCAUAAAGCAUGUUUGGCAAAUGGGUCCUGGUUCAGAGCUCACAGUUGCAGCUAGAGGCCAUGGCCACUCACUCCAAGGCCAAGCACAAGCUCACCAAGGAAUUGUGAUCAACAUGGAAUCACUCCAAGGCACUGAAAUGCAGGUUUACACAGGAAAUUUUCCAUAUGUGGACGUCUCUGGUGGUGAGUUGUGGAUAAAUAUCCUGCAUGAAAGCCUGAAAUAUGGGUUAGCACCAAAAUCUUGGACAGACUACCUACACCUCACAGUUGGCGGUACUCUUUCCAAUGCUGGGAUCAGUGGACAGGCCUUUCGGCAUGGCCCCCAAAUCAGUAAUGUCCACUGGCUGGAGGUUGUUACAGGAAAAGGAGAGGUGAUAAAUUGUUCGAAGAAUCAGAAUGGGGACCUCUUCCACAGCGUUCUUGGAGGACUAGGACAAUUUGGCAUCAUUACUCGAGCAAGAAUUUCUCUAGAACCAGCACCCAAAAUGGUGAAAUGGAUCCGGGUCCUGUACUCAGAUUUCUCCACAUUUGCCAGAGACCAGGAAUAUCUAAUAUCUGCAGAAAACACAUUUGAUUAUAUUGAAGGAUUCGUAAUAAUAAACAGGACUGGUCUCCUAAAUAACUGGAGAUCAUCCUUCAAUCCACAAGAUCCAGUCCAGGCCAGCCAGUUUGAGUCAGAUGGAAAAAUUCUCUUCUGCCUAGAAUUAACCAAGAACUUCAAAGUGGACAAUACCAAUAUCAACCAGGAAGUUGAGAGCUUAUUGUCUCAGUUAAGCUACAUACCAUCAACACUUUUCCUAUCAGAAGUUCCAUAUAUAGAUUUCUUGGAUAGAGUUCAUGUGUCUGAGGUCAAACUACAUUCAAAAGGCUUGUGGGAGGUUCCACACCCAUGGCUCAAUCUUCUGGUUCCCAAAAGCAAGAUACACAAUUUUGCUGAAGAAGUUUUUGGAAAAAUUCUUAAAGACACCAGCAAUGGCCCCAUUCUUAUCUACCCAGUUAACAAAUCAAAGUGGGACAAUAGAACUUCUGCUGUUAUCCCAGAGGAAGAUAUUUUUUACCUCGUAGCAUUCCUUUCCUCUGCAGUUCCCUCUUCCACAGGAACUGAUGGUUUAGAGUAUAUCUUAAGUCGGAACAAAAGAAUUCUGGACUUCUGCAAAACAGCCCGUCUUGGAGUGAAACAAUAUCUACCCCACUACACUACACAGGAAGAAUGGAGGACCCACUUUGGCCCACGUUGGGAAGCCUUUGCACAGAGAAAAUCUGCUUAUGACCCUUUGGCAAUCCUUGCUCCUGGCCACAGAAUUUUUCGAAAGGCGACACCCUUCUUGUGACAAGGACCAUGAUUUAAAAAUAAAGAUGGGACCCUUAAUGUACUUGGAGAAAUGCCUAGGGGAAAAUACUGUAAAUUGAUAGCUAUAAAAUUCAGUAUGUCUCACAUCUUCUCCGCAACUGUAAGUGUAAUGGGGAGGUGGGGGGGCUUAUUGAAAUUUUGUUGAACAAAUGGGUUAAACAUUUUAAAUAAGAAUUAUUUAAUAGACUUGCAAAAGGGACAGGUGAAUAUCAGCCCCAUAAAUGAUGUAUAUAUUAAGCUAAUGAAUAAAAAGCAGAUUAGUUUCUCUCAUGAA